UUUAAUUCGUGCCUCUGCAGCUCUGGUGGAAAAUCGUUGAUUGUUAACCUUCAAAUAACAAAUGUAAUCGACAGUGCAGCGCAUAGACCCAGUCCAACCUGUGUUUACACGAUUCUAAUUUGUCGUUUGCGCCAAACUUUAUGCCGUUGCGUUUCCGGUAGAGUUUACGUCAGUUGCGUCCAAGUUUUAAAUCGAUUCGGGGAAAAUCAGAUGCUGUGAUUGGCGGAGUUUGCCACCAUGACUGUUUCCCGCGUUACUCUAACCCCACGUAACGCGUAACUUCGCAUCGCGCGCUUGCCGUAGCCACACAAACGAAAGUGAAAAAACGUAUCUGCUGAAAACUUUAGAUCUAGAAGGAAGGAAAACCGGAAUAUAGAAAAAUGUCGCUGGUUGACGAUAUACAGCUAAUUGAAGAAGUCAAAAAAUAUCCGUUGCUGUUUGACACUAAUAUUAAAGGUUAUAAAGAUAAUGAAACGAAAGACACAACGUGGGUGAAAAUUGCUUCGGACCUCCAGGUAAAACCACACGAAGCAAAGAACAGAUGGCGAAAUUUGAGGGACCGAUUUGUGCGCGAAAAGAAGUUAAUAUCAUCUGAAAAUGAGACUGACAAAGCACAGAAAGCUAGUCCUUGGCCUUUGUUAGAGCACAUGUCAUUCAUGUGGAAUUUCAUAAUUCACAGGCGCAGAUAUACCAUGAAUGCUGUCAAAAAUGAGCCAAAAACUUAUUUACCUAUUGCUCCAAAAAGCGACACAGCGGAAUGGAUGAUAUCUCUGGACUGUGAUGACAAUAACAAAGCUCUCCACAGUAAAAAUGAUCACGAAUCAAAAUCCAAAAGACAAAAGCUUCUUCCUUGUCAGGAACAAUCUAUGGAGGAAACACCAGAAUUGUACCAUGUUUCCAACGAUACACGGAGUUACUCUCAGAAGACAGACCAGUGUAUCAGUUCCCAAUCUUACGUAGCUGACGAACAGCAUUACUUUUGUAUGUCAGUAGCGGAAACGUUACGCAGAUUCACCCAGCGACAAAGUGCAGAGGCAAAGUUAAAAAUUCAACAAAUUUUAUAUGAAACUGAGUUUAGCAAUGCCAAUACUGCUUUUGAAGAUGCCUUCAUAGAUGCGCAUUGAAAUAUCCAAGACAAACAAGAACAAAUAUUUUUUGUGAGCAAUCGGUAUGUCCAUUUGUUUAUUUUAAUUUUCUUAAUAUCUUUGUUAACGUGCACGUAAAGCAUGAUUGAGCGCAGGAGAAGACGGUACGUUGAAUGUUGUGUCUCAAAGUAUACUCGUCAAAAUCAUACAAGAUUCUGUUCCACUGCAGCAUUAAAAAAUGUUGGGAGUGAA